UUUUAAUGAAAUUUUUUUGUGUAGUUAGUUUCAUUCUCUUUCUUUCUCCACUUUUGUAGGAUUAUUAAUCUUUCACUUCACAAACGAAGCGCCAACGAAUUUGGAUCCAAUACGAGAUCAUCACAUCACAGCAGCAGCAGCUGCGCAAAAUAUUAAGAAAAGGGGUUGAGGUUUCGAAUAAGAAAUGAUGAAGAGGCUCAAUGCUCCUGCUCGCCUCAUGAUAGUUUCUGAUCUUGAUCAUACAAUGGUCGAUCAUCAUGAUCCGGAGAACAUGUCUCUUCUUAGGUUCAAUGCAUUAUGGGAGGCCUGUUAUCGUCAUGAUUCUCUGCUAGUUUUCUCCACUGGAAGAUCACGUACGCUUUACAAGCAGUUGAGAAAAGAGAAACCCAUGUUAACACCUGAUAUAACCAUAAUGUCCGUGGGGACUGAGAUCACGUAUGGCACCUCUAUGGUGCCUGAUGAUGGUUGGGUGGAAGUUUUGAAUCAGAAAUGGGAUAGGAACACAGUCACCGAGGAAACGAGCAAGUUUUCAGAACUUACUCUUCAGUCAGAAACUGAGCAACGGCCUCACAAGGUCAGCUUUUAUGUUGAUAAAGACAAGGCUCAGGACGUGACAAAGGCCCUCUCAGAGAUAUUUGCAAAACGCGGGUUGGAUGUCAAAAUUAUUUAUAGUGGUGGAAUGGACUUGGAUAUACUACCCCAAGGUGCUGGCAAAGGGCAAGCUCUUGCAUACUUACAUAAGAAAUUUAAGGCUGAGGGAAAACUACCUACCAAUACUCUUGUUUGUGGUGAUUCUGGAAAUGAUGCUGAGCUGUUCAGCAUUCCAGAUGUACAUGGAGUGAUGGUUAGCAAUGCACAAGAAGAGUUGUUGCAGUGGCAUGCUGAAAAUGCUAAAGGCAAUCCAAAAAUAAUUCAUGCGACUGAGAGGUGUGCGGCUGGCAUCAUACAAGCCAUUGGUCAUUUUAACCUUGGUCCCAAUACUUCUCCAAGAGAUAUAACCAACUUUUCAGACUCUGAGUUGGAAAAUGUCAGUGCCAGUAGCGAAAUAGUGAAGUUUUUCUUGUUCUAUGAAAGAUGGAGGCGUGCAGAGGUUGAGAACUGUGAGAUAUAUUUGGCAAGCGUGAAAGCUGAUUGUGAUGCAUCUGGUAUUCUUGUCCAUCCAUCUGGUGCUGAACUUCCUCUUUGUGGUGCUAUAACUGGAAUGAGGAACUACUAUGGUGACAAACAGGGCCAACAAUUUCGGGUAUGGGUGGAUCGGGUACUAUCUACACAGACUGGCCUGGAUACAUGGCUGGUAAAGUUCAACAAGUGGGAAUUAUCUGGUGAUGAGCAGCAAGGUUGUGUGAUCACAUGUAUAAUAAACAUGAAGAAGGACGGUGUUUCCAGGGCAACUUAUAUGCAUGUGCAUGAAACAUGGCUGGAAGGAUCAGGAGCUAAAGAUCAAUCAACCUGGCUGUUCUAGAUUUUGAUUACAGCUCGAAGCUCAGAGGCGCUCAUAACUGUCUUCGAUCAUAAUAAAACUAAUCAAACGAUGACUUUUCAGAUUUGAAUUUUGAUCAUUGCUGUAUGAACAUCAACUUUAUGGUGAUUUAUUAUUACAUGAUUAAUGAAUACACCAUUUUAGCA